CGACGCUCAGCCUGGGGAGAUGUAGCUGCGGGGGGUUCUAUCCUUGAUCGAUGGCCUUCUGCCCUCUGUCUAUGCAAUGAUUCUAUAUAUCGGAGGCACCUUGCAGACCCAUUUCUUCAUCUUCACAAGACAUCUUUCCUCAUAAGGCUUAGCGCGAAUAGGGGUGGUUCGUCGUAAGCUCCGAAUGAGCUACCACGCGCAAUCUCUUGAUAAGUACUUGGCCUUGCCCCCUCCCACCCAGAGGAAACACCCUGCGACCUCUUUCACCUUCACUUCGGUCUUUUAACCGUCCCAAGCGGUAUCUUGAUUCUUAAGAAAUCUCUUUUGCAGGCUCUCGCUUCUCUUUCAGCCACCCCCGGGGACACACCGCUACAGUCAAUGCGUCCCACAAACGACGAGGUCGGUUUCUAAUAAAUACUCCCGGUCGCUCUUCACAUACUGAGAAACCGCUUUCCAACCUGCAACAUGGCGCCCAGCAUCUUGCUUCAGCGAGAGCCAUCCUCACAGCCGCUUCACGACAUUCAUUCCGCUCAAGCGACGUCUCCUAAGGGUCUCGAUGUUGGCGGUGGCAUUUCUCUUGAAGCUCAUGGUCCUGUUGGCGGCUCUCUUCCCUUUCAUUCCUCUUCUUCUGUCAAUGGCAAUGGCCACACCAAUGGUGCUGCUGGCGCCACUCCUUUUGUAGGACGCCAGCUGGAUGGGGAAGAUCUCAUUACUUCGCAAAAUCUCCUUGAGCAGUCAUUGAAUUUCGCGUCGAGUGGCUCGCACUCAGAAGACAGUUCCACAAAGCCGAAUAUUCUAUACAUUAUGGCAGACCAAAUGGCCGCUCCUCUCCUCAAGAUGAACGAUCCCCACUCCCCAAUCAAAACUCCGAACCUCGACGCUCUUGCUGAGACUGGCGUUGUCUUCUCGAGUGCCUAUUGUAACUCCCCACUCUGUGCUCCAUCCAGGUUCACUAUGUGCACGGGACAGCUCCCCAGCAAGAUUAGUGGCUAUGAUAAUGCCUCCAUUCUAGGACCUGAAGUUCCAACCUAUGCACAUUAUCUCCGCCGCGAGGGUUACGAGACUGCCCUUGCUGGAAAGAUGCAUUUUAUCGGACCAGACCAGCUUCAUGGAUUCGAGCAUAGACUCACAUCUGACAUUUACCCAGGCGAUCUUGGCUGGACUGUCAAUUGGGACAAGCCAGAAGAGCGCCAGGAAUGGUACCACAACAUGUCCUCGGUCAUGCAAGCCGGCCCUUGUAUCCGAUCAAAUCAGCUGGACUACGACGAAGAUGUCAUGUUUAAGGCUUCACAGUAUCUCUACGACUACGUCCGUGCUGAUCCGCAGACUCGGCGUCCGUUUGCUCUAACUGUUUCCUUGACGCACCCUCAUGACCCCUAUAUAAUGACGCAAGAUUAUUGGGAUGAGUAUGAGAAUGUUGACAUUCCUCUGCCAAAGGUUCGUAUCGCGCAAGAGGAUCAGGAUUCGCAUUCAGUACGCCUCCUAAAGACCGUCGAUCUGUGGAACAACCCAGUUCCAGACGAAGCUACUAUUCGGGCAAGGCGUGCCUACUUUGGUGCAUGCACCUUCGUUGAUGACCAGAUCGGGAAGCUACUUAGACUCCUCAAGAACUGCCACCUGGAUAAAAACACUAUCAUUGUCUUCUCUGGAGACCAUGGUGACAUGCUUGGCGAGCGAAACCUUUGGUACAAGAUGUCAUGGUUUGAGAUGAGUGCCCGCGUCCCCAUGAUUAUCAACUAUCCUGCCCGCUUUGCACCUAAACGUGUCAGCGAAUCCGUCUCUACCAUGGACCUACUUCCGACGUUUGUUGAUCUUGCCGGUGGUGAUGCUUCUGCCAUCCUUCCUGUUGAUGGCGUAAGUUUAUACGACUACCUUGUCUCAGACAAGCCUGGGAAGGAUGAAGUAUUUGGGGAGUACAUGGGUGAAGGCACAGUAACUCCUGUUGUGAUGAUCCGACGCGGGAAAUGGAAGUAUACGACUUCGCUUGUGGAUCCUCCGCAGCUCUUCGACCUUGUCAACGAUCCUCAGGAGCUUGUGAAUCUUGCAAAGUCAACCAAGCCCGAGCACACCCAAACCUUUGCAGCAUUCGAGAAAGAGGCUCGACAGAAAUGGGACCUCAGUCAAAUUCAUAAGGACGUCUUGCUCAGCCAGCGUGAACGUCAGCUGGUCUGGAGCGCGUUGAAGAUUGGUCGAAAGGAACCUUGGGACUACCAGCCUCCAUACAAUGACAGGGAACGCUUCAUCCGUUCCCAUAUCCCACUGGAUGAGUUGGAGCGCCGUGCCCGCUUUCCCGUCGUCGACUAUCUUGGACGAGAGCACACUGCUGCAGCCACUCAUCAUGGUGCUGCUGGGGCCAUUGGCGAGUGAGUGCGAAAGUUGAUUUGAGGCAUGAAUCCUCCUCUAUUUCUGGCUUUCUUUCAACAUGCAUAAACGAUAUCUCAACGUAUAUCGACGACCAGUGCCACCGAGGCCACUUUACAAUCUUCAUUGCAGGGACGCUAAGUCCAUCACGGGAGUCAUGCUUUCAGACCGUCUUGGACAGUUGGUCUUUCAAUGUUUUCGUUUUCUUUGGCCGAUUUAUCAAUAUCAUAUGAAGCGUUAAAGCGGGUUAGCAUUGCUGCGAGCAUGAUAUCGAUCCCUUACUUCUGGGCGUCUUCAUUCACUGGACAUAGCAGAAAAGUUU